GGGGUCCUGUCCUUAUUUUGGGGGUCCUGGGGCCAUUCUGGGGGGUCCUGGGGUCACUUUGAGGGGUCCUGACCCCAUUUUGGGGGGUCCUGGGGCCAUUCUGGGGGGUCUUGACCCCAUUUUGGGGGAUCUUGGAGCCGUUUUGGGGUCAUUUUGGGGGGUCCUGUCCCCACUUUGGGGGGAUCUUGGAGCCAUUUUGGGUGGUUUUGGGGUCAUUUUGGGGGGUCCUGACCCCAUUUUGGGGCCGUUCUGGGGGGUCCUGACCCCAUUUCGGGGGGUCUCCCCCUCCCUGCCCCCCCUAUUUGGGGUGGGGGUCACCCCCAAACCCCCCCUGACCCCCCAAACCCCCCCUGACCCCCCGUUUUUGCCCCCCCAGGUUCUGACGGUGGCGGCCACGGAGCCCCUCACCCUGCAGCACUCCCCGCCCCUCCCCCCGAAUUUCGGGACCCCCCCGGAACCCCCCGGGAAUUUGGGGACCCCCCCGGGCCCCCCCCCGAAUUCGGGGCCCCCCCAAAUGUCCGAGACCCCCCCAAAUCCGGGGGGUUUGGGGGUGGAUUUCCGGAGGGUUUACGAGUUCCUGGCCCGGCUGGGAGGGGGGGGGGAAGGACCCCCCCUGGGACCCCCAGAGGCCGCGGUGGUCGUGUCCUUACUGGGAGCCCUCCCGGCUGAACUGGGAGCACUGGAGCAGCUUCGGGGCCUCCAGAGCCACUUCCGGGGGGUCUUCGGGGCCCUGACGACCCCCCAAAAUUUUGGGGGGGCCCCCCCAGACCCCCCCCGGGCCCCCCUGAGCCCCCCCUGGGCGGGGGUGGGGCUGUGCCCCCUCAACCUCUUC